AUGGAGCGCGUUCGUGACUUCAAGACUAAGCGUCGAUGCGCGAUGACCGACGCAUUUGGUGCAGGGUACCGUGCCAGUGUUGCGUCUGGAUGGAUCUUCGGAUCGAGUGUGGAUGGAGAUGCGGGAUUGAUUGGCCGGCAAUUCGGUGGCUUAUUGUCGCCUCAGAGCCAAGAAAUCACUUCCUCUUGUGACUUGGCCGUGUCAAGAAGUGUGAGCGCCAACACGAGGAAUCCUUUUGCAGUCCCAGGAGAUUCGUACUGCACAGUGGUUGGUCAUGAUGUUCCGCUGCGUGUAGCACUUCGCCGGGACAGCCAACUGGUCCUGGCCUCAAGCUUCAGCCUAUCGCCUCCAGCAGAAGGGCCGCUCUGAAGCGCACGGCGAAAAAGCUCGGAGAACGUCGAGCCUAGGAGCUCAGAUGGUGGCGCCGGCGGAUAGAGCAGGAGUGUAUUCUAGAUAAUCGGCAGACCUCGGUACCUCUCACUCCUCACUCGCGCCAUCACUUUCCUCAUUCUCCUCCGCAUCAUCUUCAUCUUCAUCCUCAUCAUCCACAGCAUGUCCCGCAUCAAAAUUCGGCCCCGUAUACCCAAACGGCAAUCUCCCCUGCGCACCAUGAUACCCAGCAAUAUCCGUGAUCCACACCAAACUCUUCCUCUUCU